ACUCGUGCGUAAAGUUGCUGGCCUCCUCUUCGCUCUCCAUCAGUAAACCAUGCACCCGUUAAACAGCAGUCUCGGUAACUUCAGUAUGAUGAUGGAGGUUGAGGACACGCCCCGGGAUGAGAAACUUGCCAAAGUAGAGAUCGCGCUGCUCAGUGUUAUCUUCGUAAGCGCCUCUAUCCUGAACACCGGGCUAUUACUGGUUCUGUGGAACCGGCGCAAACAGGUCUCCAGGAUGCGUGUCUUCGUGUUCCAUCUGUGCAUAGCAGACCUGGUGGUUGCGUUUUUCCAGGUUUGCCCGCAGCUCAUGUGGGAAAUUACGGACAGGUUCAUUGGACCAGACCUGGUGUGCCGCUUGGUGAAGUAUCUGCAGGUAGUGGGCAUGUUUGCGUCCACCUACAUGAUUGUGGUGAUGACCAUUGACCGCUACCAGGCUAUAUGCAACCCCAUGGUCAAGUUUCAGAGGAGGCACGCGCGCUGGAACAUCCCAGUGUGCGUCGCCUGGACGAUCUCCCUCGUGUGCGGCCUGCCUCAGAUUUUCAUCUUCUCGAGGGUCCAGGUGGCGCCCGGGGUGUUCGACUGCUGGGCGGACUUCAUCCAGCCCUGGGGCCUGAAGACCUACAUCACUUGGACCACGCUGGUCAUCUUUGUCUUACCCAUUUUGACCGUGGUGGUGUGCCAGGUGCAAAUAUGUCGAGCCAUCCAGGUCAACCUUUAUCUAAAGACGCUUUAGGAGGGGGUAAGCGGGGUGGCCUUUCCACUGCCCUCCAGAACCAGCAGCGUGGCCGGGGUGUCCAAAGCACGAAUCAAGACCGUGAAGAUGACGGUGGUUAUUGUGUUCGUCUACAUCAUCUGCUGGACUCCGUUCUUCAUGGUCCAGCUUUGGUCUGUUUGGGACAUGGACGCGCCGACGGAAACGACAACGUUCACCAUUCUGAUGCUGUUGGCGAGUCUGAACAGCUGCACAAACCCCUGCAUCUAUCUGCUCUUCAGCGGCCAGCUGCCCAAGAAGCUGGAAACGGUGCUGUGCCGGAGUCCGUCCGAAGUGAAAGUCUCCAUUAAUGACGAGGCCGCGGUGGUCAGCUCGCUCUAUGUGAGCUUCAAAAGCAUUUCCGAUUCCAAAUAGAGCGCACGGUUUUCAAAUCCCCUCGGUGUGUGGGGAAGCAAGUGACUAGAGGCACGCACAGUCAAUCAGGUAACCAACGGCGAGUCAAGGGCAGCUCUAAUGACGGGCUAUUUCAAUGCCAUUUACUCCCUCGAUAUCAUGGUCAAGAUGUAUCAAGUGAUCUUGCGGGGACAUUAAAGCACUCACUAUAAUGGAGCCAGAAAUGGGUAGGAUAAUUGUGAGCGCACCGUAGGGUAUUAACAUGGAUACCGUAGGGUGUCCAUGUUAAUAACACCUGCAAACUGUUUGACAAAAUAUUGUCUAGCAGGCAUAUAGAAUGCAUUUACUGCCUGUUAUUAUUGUUAUAUUUAAUAAAUAUAUUGUAAACGAUCAAACUUUCAUCAUAAACAGUGGAGAAGCUGUUUAGUGCUAUUAUAAUUUUUUAUUUGAUUUAUUUAACCUUUAUUUAACUAGGCAAGUCAGGCCAGGCAGAGACAUGGUGAAAUAAUAAUUUACAAAAUAGAAGCUGUGUUUUCAAUGAGACAGUCCAAGUUUGAUGUAGUUUAACAAGACAGGCUGACAAGCCAACUUUAGAGAGAUCAGACAGUCUUUUGGUAAACCUUAACUUUGUACAUAUAAAAAACGAUUUAUGAAAGUCUUCUGUAAUGUUUAUCUUCUAUGUUGUAAACUGAGAAAGACACCAAUGAUUUUGUAAUGCAAGAGAUUAUAAAAUAAAUUACCACAUUUUUUGGGGUCAAUAGCUAGGUUUUCAUCCAACAGUUUUUCAUGCGAAUGAAUAUUAAACAAUAUGCUUUUGUUUUGUUGCACGAUAAAAAAGACCUUGUACCGAUA